CAUGUGACCCAUCACUCAUUCUUCAAAAAAUCCCAUCAUUACCAGUAGACACAUAAAUGUUAACACAAAAGUUUGUAUCCUCUUCCAUGCCUAAUCUAUUCCUUUGUGAUCUUCAACCACCACCAUGCUUCUCCUGUUCCUGUUCUUUCUCUUCUUCUCCAAUGUCCACCUUGCAUUUUCUGCUCACUGUACCACCAUCACAUCUUCUAAAACCUUUCAGAGAUGCAUGACACUUCCUACCCAACAAGCUUCAAUGGCUUGGACCUUUCAUACUCACAAUUCCACUCUUGACCUUGUUUUCUUUGGAACAUUUAUUUCACCUUCUGGGUGGGUUGGAUGGGGCAUUAAUCCUACUUCCCCAGAAAUGACGGGUACCCGUGCUUUAAUCGCCUUUCCAGACCCAAAUUCAGGCCAAUUAGUAGUAUUACCUUACAUUUUGGACCCAACUGUAAAGCUGCAAAAAUCACCACUCCUCUCUCGUCCACUAGAUAUCCACCUCCUCUCCUCCUCUGCCACCCUAUACGGUGGCAAAAUGGCUACCAUACACAACGGUGCCGCAAUCCAAAUAUAUGCAACAAUAAAAGUAGCACCAAACAAAACCAAAAUUCACUUUGUAUGGAACCGUGGCCUAUAUGUGCAAGGCUACUCUCCAACCAUCCAUCCAACAACCUCCAAUGACCUAUCUUCCAUUGCCACCAUUGAUGUCUUGUCAGGAUUCACUGCUGCCCACAAAGAAGACACAAAGACAUUGAAAAUAGCACACGGAAUCAUAAACGCUGUGUCUUGGGGUGUUUUAUUGCCAACUGGGGCUGUCACUGCACGAUAUUUGCGACAUAUUCAAGCACUAGGGCCAGCUUGGUUCUAUGCUCAUGCAGGAAUACAACUUUCUGGAUUCUUUUUAGGAACUGUGGGAUUUGCCAUUGGAAUCAGGCUUGGAGAAUUAUCACCUGGGGUUGUUUAUAGUCUCCACAGGAAGCUUGGAUUCGCAGUGUUCUGCUUGGGGGCUCUGCAAACGCUGGCUCUGCUGUUUAGGCCAAAGACUACAAACAAAUACAGGAAAUACUGGAAAUCUUACCACCAUUUUGUGGGAUACGCUUGUGUGGUGCUAGGAGUUGUGAAUGUUUUUCAAGGAUUUGAAGUAAUGGGAGAGAGCAGGUCAUAUGCUAAGCUGGGAUAUUGCUUGUGUUUGUCUACGUUGGUGGGAACUUGCAUAGCUUUGGAGGUGAAUUCUUGGGUUAUUUUUUGCAGAAAAUCUAAGGAAGAGAAGCUGAGAAGAGAAGGAUUGAUUUGUGGGUCUGAUAAAGCAAGUGGAAUUCACAGUUGAUGAUCAAAAUCAUUUAAAUUAAAAAUUUUAAUGUUAAAUAUUAAUUACUCUGAAUUUGGUGUUUGAAUAUCAGAAUUUGAUAGAUCUCGUCAAUAUCGUGCUGUCGUUUUUCCAGUUUUUGCUAUGCUAAUUGUAAUUAUGCAAAA